GUUCCAUCCGGUGAACGUUUUCGCUGACGGACCAGAAAAUUACAUAUUUGUAAACAGAUUCAGUGAAUCUUCAUAUUGACCCCUUUUGUUGACAUCAUCACCCAAUGUGGAGGAGGAGCAUUCUUCUUUGUUACACACAUCCAUAUGUGGAUUCAUGUGAAAGCUCUUUCUCUUUCUCUCUCUCUCUCUCUCUCUCUCUCUCACACACACACACACAGCACCACAGUUCUUCAAGUGUGUGUGUGUAUCGGCCUGUGUAAGAAAAACAAUUCCACCCAAAACUGUGCCAUGAGAAUUUCUGGCAAAGGCCAGACCUACUCCUCUUACUGUGCCAAUCUCUAGCAUUAACUCAAUAGGAUCAUCCGCCUCUAGCUAGUUGAUUAACAGAGCUGUUAAAGAGGGAUUGUUGUCCUGGAAGGAGCUUCCUGCCCUCGAGGAACACCAUCCGCUCAGACUGCCUCCCUCUGGGGCUCAGACGGCAGAUGCUUCGCCUGCAAGUUCCAGAGCCACCCCGCCCCAUAGAGGUCCACCCCACCCCAUAGAGGACCAUCCCACCCCAUAGAGGACCACCCGCCUGCCCUAACAGCCUCUAGGAGGGACCCACCCCGGGAGUACCAUGGAAGGGCUGGAGGUGGAGGACAUUAGUCCUGCCCUGGAGGCCACUGAGGACUUCCUACACUGCCUGGAUGGGGGUGGAGGCCAAAGCCACUGCCAGAGUGGGGAUGGGUUCCGGCAGCCUAGGCAACACCACCCCAAGCUGCAGGAGAUGUCUGCAGCCCUGGGGAAGCUGAGCUCUAGCGGGGUGUGGGGCCUGCUGGCCAGGGAGCAGGGGACCGAGGUGUCCCCCCGUAACGUGGCCUGGGCUGACCAGCCCUCUGCCUUCAGCGUGCUGGCUCUGAGGCAGGGGAAAAGGAGUCGUGCUCGUUCCACCAACGACCUGGCUGCCCACACCAAGGACACCAACAACACCACCUCUAACUCCUCCAACACCGCCUUUAAGAAAGGCCACAACCGCUCACGUUCUGAUGUCAACUACCGGCCGUCCUACACAGACAACGCUAAUGGCCUGCCUGCUGUGGACAAGAACAUGCUGAAGAACAUUGCUCUCAAUGACCAGAGAGAAGAAGCCCAUAAGGACAGCAGCAGCGGCAGUGUGGUGAAGCAGGGCUCACUGGAGCAUCGUGAGGGUCAGAAGGGUCGUUGGAGCAUCUGCCACCUAGAGCUGACCCCCUGUGAGCUGCGUCUCUACAGUCUGGACAGCAGUGGUAACCGCCAGCUCUGCACCGCCUACUCCCUGUCCCACUGCCAGGGGGUUAGCCAGCCCCAGCCACCACAGGAUGGACGAGUCCUCCAGGCCCUCUUCUUCAACAGCUCCACCCGCCUGCAGUUACGUGCCGCCUGCCAGUGGGAGGCGCUAGACUGGAGGAGGCAGAUCUGGGAGAGAGUAUUGGCUGCCCGGCCCGCCCACAAACAGGCAGAGCCGCCUCCAGUCUUAUCCCCGUCGUCAUCCAUCUCCUCUGGAGGUCUCGACACCAGACCAGACCCCAUUGGUCCUGCUGAGGCUGCCCUGACCCCUCAUACCUCGCAUCUCCCCCCAGCCCGGCCCACGGCCCUGCCCCUGUUCACCAAGCGCUGUGCUGAUGUCCUUAAGGUGGGUCUGCUCCACCAGCAGACUGACCUCAACAACUGGAGGGCUUUCACCUUUGUGCUGAGUCGUUCCACGCUGCAGGCUUUCCCAACCGAGGGCCGGGGGCCCGUGUCCGAGCCUGUCCUCCGCUACCCGCUGGCCUCCUGCCUGGCCGUGCAGAGGGACGAGGGGGCCAGCACCGCCCGUUUCCAGGCAGUCUUCCCCAGAGAGGUGCUCCGUCUGCGGGCUGAGAGCCAACUCAAGGCCCAGGACUGGGUGGAGGCCCUGCGGACGGCCGUGGCGGCCCAGAGGCCCCAGGGGGAGGAGGGUCAGGGCUCCAGCCAGGCCCAGCCAGGUGCAGUGUCGAUGGGGACGGGGGUGCUGCUGAGGACCAAGCCCUCCAGGGAGAGGAGGCAGAGGGAUGCCCAGAGGGCCAAGAGACAGUCAGUCACCACCAGCUUCCUCAGUAUCCUCACCUGCCUGGCUGUGGAGAAGGGCCUGACCACCCAGAGCUUCAGGUGUGCAGGGUGUCAGAAGCCAGUAGGGUUGUCGCGGGGCAAGGCCAAGGUGUGUUGCUACAGUGGCUGGUACUACUGCCAGAGCUGUCAUCAAGACAACCUGUUUCUCAUCCCUGCCCGCCUGCUGCACAACUGGGACACCAACAGACACAAGGUGUCCAAGCAGGCCAAGGAGUUCCUGGAGUUUGUGUAUGAGGAACCCCUGCUGGACGUGCAGCAGCUGAACCCGUGUCUGUAUGAACACUGUGAGGGCCUGGCUGCAGUACUGCGCCUGAGACAGCAGCUCCAAUCCCUCAGAGCAUACCUGUUCAGCUGCCGCGCUGCCGUGGCCGAGGAUCUCCGUAGAAGUGAGUGUGUAGGUCGGUGUAGACUGCAGACAUCCCAGGUUCACCUGUCCUUUUGAUGUCUGUCUCUGCUGUGCUGAGGUCUGUUUGAAGUAACCUACUGACAGAAACCAACAGAGAGGGUGGGGCUCUGAGACCCUCCUACUCCUCCACACCCACCCUGGGCCCUCAGAGCCAUCCCAUCUGGCUGUCGGAAAGAGGGUGUAACUUCAUCUAGCUGGGAUGUUUACGGCAGUGGUGGCGACCCCAGAACGAUGCUCGCUCACCGGGGCCCAUGUUUACCGCUACACCAUUAGCCCACAGCGGCUAAUGCCCCACACUUCAAAACACUACAGGAUUAAUGAGGCCGGAGGCGCUAAAACCUUCCCCCGGCCAUCCAUCGGCCCUCCAUAGGCCUGCCAUGGCCCUGGACAGGGCUAAAGGGCUAGGGAGCUCGGAGGAAGCCUGCCCUGUGUUUAUACUCAACCCCUGGGAGAUGGGAGAGAGCUGUCACGGCCCACACUGUCUGCGCUGAUCUAACGCACACCUCUGAACCCCACGGGUACCCCACAUACACAGACACACAGAAACGCUGCAGACGCUCAGACACACAGAAACGCUGCACAUGUGGAUAGUCUACACACAUACAUAUGAACACAGGCAUGCACCAUACUGUUUACAGUGUACAAUACUUUAUCUCCUAUUCACAUGAGCCAAAGUCAUAACCUCCAUUAAACAGUGAACCUGUUGCAUUCAAUAUAUAAUAGUUGUAGUCUUAUCAAACCACACACUGACUGACUGGCUGUGAUCUUACCCCAGCAGGGUGUGCUGGUCAGUUACUGCCAGAGCCAGCGCUGAUACCCACAGGAAGAGUCAACACUGCAGAAUCAACACUGUGUGUGUGUGUGUGUGUGUGUGUGUGUGUGUGUGUGUGUGUGUGUGUGUGUGUGUGUGUGUGUGUGUGUGUGUGUGUGUGUGUGUGUGUGUGUGUGUGUGUGUGGGUGUGUGUGUUUUCAAAUAAAAUGUUAUUGGUCACAUGGUUAGCAGAUGUUAAUUUCGAAAUGCUUAUGCUUCUACUUCCGACAGUGCAGCAAUAUCUAACAAGUAAUCUAACGUUUCCCCAACAACUACCUAAUACACACAAAUCUAAAGGGGUGAAUGAGAAUAUGCACAUAUAAGUAUAUGGAUGAGCGAUGGCCGAGCAGCAUAGGCAAGGUGCAAUAGAUGCUGUGAAAUACAGUAUAUACAUGUGAUAUGAGUAAUGUAAGAUGUGUUAACAUUAUUAAAGUGGCAUUGUUUAAAGUGACUAGUGAUCCCUUUCUUAAAGUGGCCAGUGAUUGGGUCUCAAUGUAGGCAGCAGCCUCUCUGAGUUAGUGAUUGCUCUAUAGCAGUCUGAUAGCCUUGAGAUAGAAGCUGUUUUUCAGUAUCUCAGACCCAGCUUUGAUGCACCUGUACUGACCUCACCUUCUGGAUGAUAGCGGGGUGAACAGGCAGUGGCUCGGGCAGUUGUUGUCCUUGAUGAUCUUUAUGGCCUUUCUGACAUCGGGUGAUGUAGGUAUCAUGGAGGGCAGGUACUUUACCCCUGGUGAUGCGUGGUGCAGACCGCACCACCCUCUGGAGAGCCUUGCAGUUGAGGGCGGUGCAGUUGCCAUACCAGGCUGAUACAGCCCGACAGGAUGCUCUCAAUUGUGCAUCUGUAAAGGUUUAUCAGGGUUUUGGGUGAUAAGCCAAAUUUCUUAAGCCUCUUGAGGUUGAAGAGGCGCAGGUGGGCCUUCUUUACCACACUCGAGAGGGAAGGAGAGUUAAUGUCCAGCCCUUGUGAACUGGCAGACAGGCCCCUGAGUAAAUGACAAUCACACAAACCAGGGGAUUUAACAGGGAUUCACACGGCAGACUGGGUGGCUACUGGGUGUCUCUAUUGGAGGCUUAAACACUCAGGUUACAUAUCACAGGUAUGAUGCCGAUGUCUGUUUUUAAAACACUUUUUCUGUCUUCAGUGAUUUGUUGUUUUGGGAAGGAGUUCUCCGGGGGUAUGUUCUUUACAACGUAGAACAAAAGUGAGUGAAGAUGGAGAUCCAUAGUGGGUUGUCAUGUCAUAUGGCCAAAACUUAUUUUGCAGCAAUCAGGGUGAGAGGCAGGUAGUCUGCCCUAAAUAUGUCUGUCAGUAGACAUACACCCUAUGCUUCUGCUUCCUUGAACAUAACACUGAUAUCCUCCAAUUAAAGCAGGUGUUGUCCGUCUGCUGAACCCUGUACUGUAGCAGUUAGACGAGUCAGUUAUGGCAUGGACUGUACAUUCCCUAGCUGUGUGUCUGGUAUGUAUGUAUGCUCUAUGUUGUUCUGACUCUGGUUACGUUCCAUAUGGUACCCUAUUCUCUAUGAAGUGCGCUACUGUUGUCCAGGGUCCAUAGGGCUCUGAUCAAAAGUAAUGCACUAUGUAGGGAAUAUGGUGACGUUUAGGACGAAGCCUCUUGACUGCUGGCUUCACUCUCUCAGUAGGGGAUAGUCUCUCUGACAGUCCCCCCAACUCCCUGUCUAUCUCUUACUGACUGGAAAGCUACACACACACCUCCCUGGCUAUCGCUUAACUGUAAAGCUUCCCACAAACACAUGAAAAGGGAAUUCAUCCUCAGCUAAACAAAUAGCCCGCCCUCUGAGCCUGUGUGUGUGUCAGGUUAGUGCUGUAAUGAAGCCUGUCUAAUGAGGCCUGAGGCUGAUGUGUGAAUGGGGCUUUGCUCUCUCUGACUGGACCUUUGCCAUGCCUCCUCUCACAAUGACCACAUAAAGUCUGCCUGUCUGUGGGCAUAUACGCACACGCUCUGCCUCUAUAUCUGAGCUAACUCAUACAUGCUUGAUCACACACUCUCUGUCUCUCUCUCUCCAUCUCUCUCUGUUUCUUUGUCUCUCCCUCUCUCUCUCUUUCUCUGUCUCUCUGUCUCUCUCACUCACUGUCUCUGUCUCUCUCUCCUUCUCUCUUUCUCUGUCUCUCUCUCUAUCUCUUUCUCGGUCUCUCUCUAUCUCUCUCUCACUCUGUCUCUAUCUCUCUCUCACUCUGUCUCUCUCACUCACUGUCUCACUCACUCUCUCUCUCUCUCUCUCUCUCUCUCUCUGUAGAAUACUGAUGUACACACACAUUCCACAUCAUUUAUAUAGAUAUUGCAACCCUCUUCAGAUAAAGGCGUGGCAUAGAACCUGCAUAGAGCUGUGUAUGUGUGCGCCUCUCUCCACUCUCAUGAGUCACAUUAGAGUUGUGUGUGUGUCUCCUUUCACAUUGUUACUAGUACAGAGAGUGAGUGCACCCAAAUUGUCCAUGUGAUCCCAUACCUCCCCCUCUCCAUCUUCUACUCUCUCCCGCUCUCUCUCUCUGUCUCUCUCUCUAUCUCUCUCUCUCUCUCUCUCUGUCUCUCUCUCUAUCUCUCUCUCUCUCUCUCUCUCUCUCUCUCUCUCUCUCUCACUGUGUCACUUUGUGGAUCCUCGAGCUGUAAUGUGAGCUAGCGUGGGCAAGAGUGUGUGUGUGUGUGUUUGUCUGUGUGUGUAUGUGAGUAUGUAUGCUAACGUAUGUAUGUAUGUAGUUCAAGCAGAUGAGCGUAGAGAGGACUGUAAUAGCGAGAGGCAGGAUGAAGAGAUUAUUGAGGGUACCCCGCUUUACCUCGUAAUAAAGGCAGAGGGAUUUUAAACCCCUAAACCCCAGCCUCCACUGCGACCCCAACCCAGCUCCCACUCUAUUGAAUUGACCCCCAUUUUCAGGGCAAUUUGGCCACUCGUUGCCACAGUUACACAGGCCCGAUCAUGGCGUGUGUGUGUGUGAGACGUGACUCAUGGUGUACAUUCUGUUAUCGUCCUAAAUUAAUCUCAACAUGAAAGCAGAAUCUCCUUUCUGUCAUGUAUGAUACUGUCGUGUUGAUGUAUGGAUAUACGUUCAUGUUUAAUAUGCUGUAUGUAAUACUGUAAUUAAUAAUAAUUUCACCUUUAUUUAACCAGGUAGGCCAGUUGAGAACAAGUUCUCAUUUACAACCACGACCUGGCCAAGAUCAAGCAAAGCAGUGUGACAAAAGCAAUAACACAGAGUUACACAUGGGAUAAACAAAAGUGCAGUCAAUAACACAAUAGAAGAAUAUGUAUACAGUGUGUGCAAAUGAAGUAAGGAGGUAAGUCAAUAAAUAGGCCAAUAGUGGCGAAGUAAUUACAAUUUAGCAAUUUACACUGGAGUGAUAUAUGUGCAGAUAAGGAUGUGCAAGUAGAAAUACUAGUGUGCAAAAGAGCAGAAAAACCAAUAUUGGGAUGAGGUAGAUAGUUGGUUGGAUGGAUGGAUGGAUGGAUGGAUGGAUGGGCUAUUUAUAGAUGGGCUGUGUACAGGUGCAGUGAUCUGUAAGCUGCUCUGACAGCUGACACUUAAAGUUAGUGAGGGAGAUAUGCAAGUUCCAACUUCAGUGAUUUUUGCAAUUCGUUCCAGUCAUUGGCAGCAGAGAACUGGAAGGAAAGGCGGCCAAAGGAGGUGUUGGCUUUGGGGAUGACCAGUGAAAUAUACCUGCUGGGGCGCGUGCUACGGGUGGGUGCUGCUAUGGUCACCAGUGAGCUGAGAUAAAGCGGAGCCUUACCUUGCAAAAACUUAUAGAUGACCUUGAGCAGUGGGUUUGGCGACAAAUAUGUAGUGAGGACCAGCCAAUGAGAACAUACAGGUCGCAGUGGUGGGUAGCAUAUGGGGCUUUGGUGACAAAACGGAUGGCAGUGUGAAAGACUGCAUCCAAUUUGCUGAGUAGAGUGUUGGAGGCUAUUUUGUAAAUGACAUCGCGGAAAUCAAGGAUCGGUAGGAUGGUCAGUUUUACGAGGUUAUGUUUGGCAGCAUGAGUGAAGGAGGCUUCGUUGCGAAAUAGGAAGCCAAUUCUAGAUUUAACUCUGGAUUGGAGAUGCUUAAUGUGAGUCUGGAAGGAUAGUUUACAGUCUUACCAGACACCUAGGUAUUUAUAGUUGUCCACAUAUUCUUAGUCAGAAUUAUCCAGAGUA